UUAUGCGCUCAUACAUUUAAUAUCAUAUUAAAAUAUGCUGCCCGCCUACCUGGUGUUUAGUACUGAGUUUACCAUGAGAGGAAUAGCAACCUGACGAACGCAAAUCCGGGUGAAAAAAACCUAUGUUAAUUUCAGGGCAUGCGCGUUGUGCGCUAAACUGUUCGAAAACAACAGCGCGAAAAAGUGGCUCGGCAGCUGACGACUAGUGUUAACUACCUGUCUAGUUUGCGAUUUAAUGUGUAGAUGUGUGCGAUAUUUGUAUCUUAACGUUAUAUAACUAUUUUCUUCUUCUUUUUUUUUUUUUUACACGAAGAAAAGCCCCUGGUAAAUGUUGCUUUACUAGUAAUGGCCACGUUAGCUUAGCCUAACGGUACUUCGACGUUACGUUGCUUUACAUUUACAUUAUCAUUAACUAGCUAGCAGAUAUGAAACCCGUACGAGGUUCUAACCGGGCCGCAUCAAAAGCACCUAACUUGAACAAGAAGAAAACAGAUGAGACGACGAAACAACAAGCAACGGAGAAUCAAGGCCAGGAACUCGGUGACAAUAAAAGUGGGAAGAGCCGCCACUCAAAACCAGCACAGAAGAGAAAAGCUGAGGGCUCAUCUUCAGUCCCUAAGAAAGUCAAAGGACAGGAAAACUGGAAGCUGAUACCUAGGUCCUCAAUCACUGCUCUGGAGAACAUAAUGGACUUGUCAGUACUAGCUACUCUUGCUUUGAGGCGGACUGAGAAGAAAGAGAGCCAGGAACAUCUGAACAUAAUGAAAAACAGGUUCCUUGCUCAGUGUGCACAGCUCAGUGUUCCAGUGCAGAAACAAAAAUAUUUGGAGCGAUCAGCUCACUGGCACCAUGACGAGACGAGGAAGUCGGUAUCCGGCAAGAAGACUCUAGGCACACUGGAGGAAGACUUGAGGGCAGUGGUGCGUGCUCUGGAGAGUUCAGAGGAGCAGACAAUCUCUUUACAGCACACAUGUAGUACGCUCAGAGAUCAGGUGGAGGAAGAGGAAGAGAAAAUUAAAGAGAGCUUACAGAUAACUGAACAAACAGCUCUCAAUCUUCCCCUUCAUCCUGCACAAGAAGAUGAAACAACAUUAGAGACAUGGAUGAGAAAAAUUAUACCAGACAGUGACUCCGAGACCACUGCCCGGAAACUGGGAGAAAUUCUGCAGAAAUCAGAGGCCAUCCAGGAUGUCCAGUUGCUGCUUCUGCAUGCACACACAAACAUUGAUCAGCUGUUCAACCCUGGCAUUGCCCAAUAAGUGGUGGUGCACCUUGUUCAGAGGGAACCUAGCCAAACCUCUCCUUGUUUUUGAAAAAAGCUUUUUGGUGGAAAGAAAGUUCAGAUGUCCAACUUCUGUCCUCAGUUGUGCCUUAACACCAAAAUAAUAAACAUCAUUAGAGAAAUAAUGUACAUUCAAAUAAAGACUGAUGUAGACAGAAAAUAAAUGUAAAGUGCUACCUUUAA